UUUAGACAAUUGGCGAUACGUGUGAGGAUGCUUGGUACAGCAGCUCGAAAACCCACACCGUCGCCAGACGCGAAUGCAGCAUUUUCACUUGGAUUAUGAAGCAUCUGAUAUUCUGCAUUUGUUUUACAAUAGCAAGUGUUGGUAGUUCAGACUGCCGUGUAAUAAUUUUGAGCAGAUCCUCAGUACUACGUUCGCACUGCGUGUAACACUAAAUUGUGGAUUCCUGUUGUACCGAACAUGACAAGCAGAGUGCUGGGUUAUUUCCUACUUUUGUCGAUCUUCCCUACACGUUCCCAGACUCUCGAAUAUGAAGAGGAAUACGAAGAUGUUACAGUAAACCAAAUGCUGGCACCCAAAACUCAACAGAGAGACGCGACACAAAUAUUGAACAAUUUACUGAAAGAGUAUGACAAGAAACUUCGGCCGGAUAUCGGGAUUAAGCCGACUGUCAUAGACGUUGACAUAUACGUGAACAGCAUCGGACCUGUGUCAUCAAUCAAAAUGGAAUACCAAAUCGACAUCAUUUUCGCCCAGACAUGGACAGAUAGCCGCCUUAGAUACAACAGUACAAUGAAAAUAUUGACUUUGAACAGCAAUAUGGUUGGGCUAAUCUGGCUGCCUGACACCAUAUUCCGGAAUUCCAAAAACGCAGACGCUCAUUGGAUUACAACACCCAAUCAGCUGCUCAGGAUAUGGAACGAUGGGAAGAUACUUUACACACUAAGGCUGACCAUCAAUGCUGAGUGUCAGCUGCAGCUCCACAACUUCCCCAUGGACGAGCACUCCUGCCCUCUCAUCUUCUCCAGCUAUGGAUACCCUCAAGAUGAGAUGGUGUACAAGUGGAGGAAGAACUCAGUAGAGGCUGCAGAUCAAAAGUCAUGGAGACUUUACCAGUUUGAUUUUAUGGGCUUACGAAAUACCACAGACAUAAUGAAAACUUCUGCAGGUGACUAUGUGGUGAUGACAGUAUACUUUGAUUUAAGCAGAAGAAUGGGCUACUUCACCAUACAAACCUACAUCCCAUGCAUUCUUACUGUGGUCCUGUCAUGGGUCUCCUUCUGGAUUAAAAAAGACGCCACACCAGCCAGAACAGCAUUAGGCAUAACAACAGUUUUGACCAUGACCACACUGAGCACGGUGGCGCGGACCUCUCUGCCCCGCGUCUCCUACGUGACUGCCAUGGACCUCUUCGUUAGUGUCUGCUUCUUGUUCGUCUUUGCAGCUUUGAUGGAGUACGCCGCCUUGAAUUAUUACUCCUAUAGCACACGUAAACCAAGCUGCAGUAAGGCCAAAAGAUCGAACUAUUCGGUGCUUGACAUGGGACCUCCCCCAACUGUCAUCACCUUAAACAAUUCCAUGUACUGGCAGGAGUUUGAGGAGGCCUGUGUCUACGACUGCUUGGAUGGAAAAGACUGUCAGAGCUUCUUCUGCUGCUUUGAGGAGUGUAAAGAAGGAACAUGGAGGAAAGGACGUCUUCAUAUAGAUAUCCUAGAACUAGAUGCCUACUCCCGUAUCUUCUUCCCCACAUCAUUUCUAUUGUUCAACGUCGUCUACUGGGUUGGCUACCUCUAUCUUUAGCCGUCUCCUGUUAUGAAGAGGAGUCAGGUGCGCCCAUAUUUACAGAGGAAUGACAGAAAGACAGGAAAAAAGAUCUUCUGCACAAGCCACAGAAACAGCUCACUGCGUUCACCACAAGAAUGUCAGUAACGAUAGCUAUAAAAAGGUUCGAUGUGAAAAAGGCAACCUAAUUCUUGAAUUUCCUCAAGAGUUAUAAAGAAACUUGGGAACUGCUGACUUGGUCAGGAUGGUAAUAAGUGGGCUAUUUUAUUCUGAUGUUUCCCAUCAGAAGUUUCUGCCUUGAACUUCAGGUACCAGAAGUAAAAACACACAGAAACAUCUGAAGUUCCCGGUUCCUACUGAUGAUUACGAGAAUAUGUAAUAAUAAUGUUAGAACAUAAUAACUUUUUUUUUUUUUUUUUUUAAUGAACUUUACAAGUGCAUUUUGUAUGUUCCCAACAGAAAAUGAAAACCACAAAAAUUCCCUCUAGUCAUCUCUGGCUGAUCUGUUUCCAGCUCCAAGGCAAACCAUUGAAAUCGUCCUCAGUGCCUUCGUCAGGAAUGGCAGCCAUCUGCUCAUGCAGAGGCACCAACUCAAAGGCAAGGGUGGGACACUCUUCUGUAGCCCAUGCAACUUAACUCUAGAUGGUUUUAUUCCGAUGUCUCCCUGUCUUUGAUGACCUGCUGUUUAUUGCCACCCUCAGCAUGUGGUAAAUAUUGCGGAGUAGCAUGACACUCAUAAUAGUGACAAAAGGAGAAUUACUUAUUUUUCCGUUUUCACCAAAGCAAACAAAAAAAUAGCACGACUACUGACCCCUGCCCAAAGCUAUGAUUAACGAUAAUUGAUAUACAUGUACAUUCAUAUAUGCACAUUUUAUUUACAGAAUUAUUUUAGUUCCAUUACAUUAAGUAAACACAAAAGGUGCAGACAUACACAUACUGUAAUAACAUCCUAUCUUACUAGAAGUAAGAAAAUAAGCUCCAGAAUCUAGUAACUUGUCAAGUAGAUAGAAAUUUGAGAUAUUAUCAGGGCUGGACCGGUCAUCUGGCAUACUGGGAUUUUUCUGGUGCACCAGCAAAAUUUAUUUAUUGUGGGAUCCCCCCCGCGUCCAACCCAGCAAAAUUACUGUGGGGUGAAGAGGACCCCCACACUGCUGAACCGAAUUAUUUAGUGUAUGCAUUAGCCUAGUGCAUUUUAAAAAUGGGUGGCGCUUGUUUGAGCAUUUUUAUAUUUUCAGAAUAAUUUCUUCUUCUUUCUCUACUUCUGUUUGUCAGCUUCAUCAGGAAAUUCAUGACUUUGUAACUUGCCAGUCCAACAGGUUUCAUUGACUGGAGAAUUUCUGUCCAGUUCAGCACAUUCUGAUUCAGUACAAUUCAGUUAACUAGAAUCUAUUUCAUUACAAUUAAAUUUUCUCAAUUAUAAUUCAUUAGUUGAAUUCAGUGUCCUUGAAUUUACUUUAUUCAAAUUCACUAAAACCCACUUUACAUUUUAGGUGUACACUCCAAUUCAUUCCAUUCCCGUUUUGCCUUGUCAAGUUAGUUUAUAUCUGUAUUAAAUUCAGAUCUGAGUGGCCGUUGUUUUCCUGAAUUGCUGUAUGUAUUAUUCUGAGGUCAUUGCUAAGCAGCCAUGUUAGGCUGUUUAUUUUUUGGAUUUUUUAGGAGAGUUACAUUCUAUUCCCACAUAACCUGUCGCGUUUCUUUAUUCUCCGAUUCUUAUCCUUUUCACUACAUUGGUAUAGGGAGAGUCCAGAGAUUUCUUACUGAUAUAUAAUGUCUGUAUGACCUGCUCAGUCUUUUAAUAAGGCAUCCUGCCGACCCCAAUCACACCCCCCACCUCAGUAAACAAACUGAGCUUAUAAUCACCUGAUAUAAAACAUUGACUUGUGGUUACUGUUGACACACAGUCAGUGUAUGUUUACUAUAUCAAACAAAAUUAACAGAGUAUUAAAAAAUCUGGUCCAGAACUGAUAAAAAAAAGAUAAUAUUUUGAAAAUGAUUAUAAAUAAGGUCAAAGAAUUAUUACUCGCUCUAUCAAAUAAUUUUUCUCUGAAAGAACACUGAAAGAAUACUGAGACUGCAUGCGAUGUUACGAAAAGUCUAACAGUCAUCAGGAGUCAUUCAAAACAAAAGGCUACCUGGAGUUGGUUUAAUGGAAUACAGAUUUACUAUUUAAAUACCAUGCAUUACAUUUCAGUAUUUUGAAUCCUUAUCAAGUCUGUUGAAGCAUAUUCAAUAUAAACAUAUUGACGUAAGCACAUAUCAUUUAUUGACAUUCAAAAGGAAGUGUUUUAAAACACAAGCAAUGAAGCCAAAGAAAUAAUGAAAGUCACACUGACAUACGAAGUAGUAACCAAUUAAAAAACAAACAGACAUUAAGACAUUAAAACGCUUUUCUGUUUUAAAUAGCCUGUGUUUGUCAUUAUUCAGAUUGACUUUGUGUUAACAAUUCUGUGACUAAGCUGUAAUUAGAAGUAUUCAUAAACAUGAGAGUGAUUAGAGGUGCUGUUUGAACAGUUUUGUCUUGGUGGCCUGUUUUUCUCGACUGUAUGAGUUUAAAAAAUUGUAUUCUGGAUGUUAGUUGUUAAAUUAAGUGUAUUUUACCCUGAAAACCAAUACUGAAUUUAGACAGCAAUGUUAUAAGUCAAACUAUAAAAGCACAUUAAUAUGGGGGACACCAAUCACUCAUCGGCCAUCACUGUUUUUUACUGCCCCAUAUGUGCUCGCAGAUGCCUCAGUCUUCAAAAGGAAAUAAAUUACUUUUAUUACAUUACAUGCAUUUCUUACAACUUUGAUGCAAUUACGAUUCAGAGGAUAUUUCCCAGACCACCCCUGCCUUAAAGAAACAUUAAGCAUACGACAACAAACUACAGUAUGAACUCAUCAAUUGUGUGUCAUUGGUAUUUGGAAGAUUCCGCCUUUGACAUGCAUUUGCAUGUUUUGACAUUGUAAGCAUAAGAAUCUGAAGGAAUGAAGAAUUUAUCUGAGAGAUAUUGUGUUGUUCUCUAAGUAUAAUUACAUCACUUACGGUUCUGCGUUGCAUACAAGAAAUAUUUAUGUAUUGAGACUGUGUAUCGUCCGCCAUCAUUUUCCAUGCAAUUUCCAUAUGUUAUUUUUAUAUUGAAAAUGUACUUUAUAAGGUUAAUAACAAAAAAAAAACUUUGUUAAAAGUUGUUCUUUCUGUAUUAGU